AUGCUUCAAUAUAAGCUUCCAAGCACCAGCUCCCAACAGCACAAGCCCACGCCGCUAGCAAAACAAGUUGCUGCCCCGCGCCCGGACUGGGACCCGAUCACUUCACUGAGCAAGAUCGAUCACGCCGAGAUCAACCACACUCGGGUGCGAGGCGGCGUCGUGUUCUACAAGGUGGAGGUGUACCUCAAGCACCAAGUCAACCGCAUCCCGACGAACGUAAAGAGCGAGAGCGACCCAAACCGGAAGCCUGACUACGUGGUGAAGCGCCGCUUUAGCGACUUUGACUUGCUUCGUCGACACGUAGGGCAGCACGCUCGCCGUGAGAUCGUGGGGGCGUGUCCGUAUUGCGACCGCUUCCGACUGUUCAUGCUGCACUGCUACAACCAGCCAAAGGCGUUCGUGAAGCUCUGCGCUGGCGUCGAGACGCGGAAGAAACUGCUUGCCAGGUUCCUCAAUCGGAUCAUCGAGUUGACUGUAGCGGACGAGAGGGGGGGCGCGAGGAUCCCGCGAGUGCGCCAGUGCCCGGGAGUCCGCGCCAUUCCGAUCCUCGUGGACCAGUUCAUGCGCCGACGAUACGUAGUGUGA